AUCGACUAUAAAAGGAGGCGCAGCCGCGAGAGGCCUCACACCAUCCAUCCACCUUAGCUAGCAGAGACACAGCUUGCGAACGCGGCGGGCAAUGGCGAUCAGGGGGAUACCUUCGGCGCGGGAGAUGACGAUGGAGGAGUUCAAGGAGUGGCUGAAGCAGUUCGACGUGGACGGCGACGGCCGGAUCAGCAGGGCCGAGCUCCGCGAGGCCAUCCGCCGCCGCGGGGGGUGGUUCACCACCCUCAGGGCCGGGCGCGCCGUCCGCCGCGCCGACAGGGACAACAGCGGCUUCAUCGACGACGCCGAGGUUGAGAACCUCGUCGCCUUCGCGAAGAAGGAUCUCGGCAUGAGGAUCUCUGCCUGGUAGCCACCUGCCUGGACUGUGGCUCCAUGGGUUUUUAUCUUCUAUGCUAUGCUCGGCCUACUGAAUGAAAAUUAGUAACCACUACAGUAAGCGUCCUGUGAUACAGCCAUACAGGUUGAACUUGACAUGGCAACUUGUCCUGAAUAACACGUGUAAAAUCAGGAUAUUUAAUUAAGGUUCGCGACUAUGCAGUAGAUUGAAAAAACGCUCUUGUAUGUUUUCACCCGAACCUAUGAGAAUUUCUUCUCACAGUA